GAUAAUUACGCGUCCGCCGGUUUAACCGGAUCUGGAGAUGAGUGCGUGAACCGGUUAAAACCGUAUCUGUGGUCACUUGACGCGAGUUGCGGGUAAUCCCCGAGUGUCUCGAGUUGUGUACACAAAUUACCACUCCGGUGACAUUGGAGAAGUUGGUGUAUUAUAAAUUCGCGCCAUUUGCAAUUCAAAUUUCUAAUUCCGGGCGAACUUUUGGGCCGGAGUUUGUUAUUAAAAAUUCAGAUUGCAGAUGGCUACGCAGAGAGUCGCCGAUGUUGCGAUGACAGUGAAGUGAGUUGCUCAACGAGUGAAAAAAUUCGGAAACAUGGUCCAGGAGGGAUUUUUGAUUAAGAUCGCCAUCGUCUCGAUGUUCAUAUCAACAGGUUGGAGUCGUCCCAAAACGAAGGAUGACUCGGAUUCGCCUGAAACUGAAGCCGAAAUUGAGCCUUUAAUUAUCGACAGAGGCCCCUACUUUGACAAGACCGCCUCAAAAAAUGUCACGGCUCUCGUGGGCAAAACCACUUAUCUCAACUGCCGAAUUAGAAACUUAGGGAACAGAACGGUGUCGUGGAUCCGCCACCGAGACCUCCAUCUCCUGACGGUGGGCAGGUCGACUUACACAUCCGACCAGAGAUUUACCAGCAUCCAUAAUCCCAUGACAGAGGAGUGGACGCUUCAAGUGCGCUAUCCGCAGCGUCGAGAUAGUGGUAUUUAUGAGUGUCAGGUUGGCACAACGCCACCAAUAGGAUUCUCCAUGUCACUGUCUGUCGUAGAGCCCAUUACGACCCUCCUCGGCGGUCCGGAAAUGUACAUCAACAAGGGCAGCACAAUGAAUCUGACCUGUAUAGUGAAGCACAGCCCGGAGCCGCCGCCCACGAUCUACUGGACGCACAACUCGGAGGAAAUCAAUUACGACUCUCCCCGAGGCGGCGUCAGCGUGAUCACCGAAAAGGGCGACAUCACAUUCAGCUACUUGCUGGUCCAGAGGGCCAAGGAUUCCGACUCGGGGAAGUACACAUGCAACCCCUCGAACGCCAACCCUAAGACGCUAAUCGUUCACGUGUUAAACGGAGAGCAUCCCGCAGCAAUGCAGCACGGCGGCCAACUGCGCCUAGAAUAUCCAUUUUCUGCAUGUCUUCUCAGCGUUCUGGUGGCGGUGGCGGGGCCGUAAAAACUUUCCAACUCCCGGGAACAAAACUAACAAACCAGGAGUGAAAAAGUUAUCCCCGAACAUGUAUAAAUGUGUAAAUAGUGAAGAAACGGUGCAGUGAUGAAUUUCAAUCGGACGAUCCGUGACGCAAAUCUCAAAAUCAAGAGAAUGUCUUCGUAUUUGCAGUAAUAAAGAGUGAGCUUGUUUGCUUAGUCGGUAGCCAUCGGCGAACAAAACCUGAAGUUGGGAGUAAAGCGGUGGCGUUUGUUGCAAAUUUAACAAAGUUUGAACUCCCUGAAUACAUUUAUAAUUCACCGGAAUUGCUUUGCUCAUCCGAUGAACAGACCUGUGUUUUUUCGUCAAUCACUUAAAGUGCUUUAAAGCUCAAAUAGUGUUGAUUGUGACCGUGCAAACUAUAAGUGGGUUUCUACAAUAUUUUAGGUUACACAUUGUUGUAUAUAAACACAAUAACCACAAACAAUAAGGGAAUAUUACUAAAAAAGUUUUAUUACGAUCCAAAUACAAUAAAGUAAUUAUACRAGUUUUUUUCAACGUCCUUGGUAGUCUUAAUGAUACAACUGUAUAUAAAUUAGGGCCAUAUCUAUUACCACUUAUUGAAAACAUUGUACAUUUAUAUGAGACUUUAAGCAUAUUGUUAUUUUUUUAAAUGAAAUCUAUUCAGUGUAGCUAAGUCACAGAUUGUUCUCGUUUUCUGUAUUUCACUGUUAAGUUCUAACUGUUCGUUACGUUUAUCUAUUUUUAAAGGUUGUCAUUGAUGAAAAUUUGAUGUUUCUUAAGAAUGUUGUUAAAAUGUAAUAAAACAUCUCAA